AAUGGAUAGGCAGGAAGCGCGCGUGGAGAUGGUGGUGAUCGCCGGCGAGGAUCUCAAGAAUGUGACGAGCUUGCUCAUGUCUGGCAGCAAGAUGAGCUCCUACGUGGUGUGCUGGGUGGAUCCGUGCUCCAAGCGCUCCACCAGGAUCAUCAAGAGAGGCGGUAGGGAUCCCGUGUGGAAUGAGGCGCUGUCGCUGCCCGUGGAUGCGAUUGCCCUCGCCAAUCCCUACGCCUGCCUCACGCUCCAGGUGAUGAGCAGCCGAUCGGGGGGCGACGAUGCGGUAGUGGGCAAAGCGUGGAUGCCGCUCCACGAGAUCGCGAGGCUCUCCACCACGACCUCGGCAUUCGAUAAUAUCAUCUCUCUCGGCGUCCAGCGGCCGUCUGGGAGGAUGCAAGGCUCGAUCCGGCUGUGCGUGUGCUUGAUCGGGGCGGGAUUCCACAAUGCUGGUUCCACGAGUGGGGGAAAUUUCCAUCCGGGCAAGCCGAUGCUCCAAAUCCAAAUGCCCCAGCACCAGAUUUCUUCUCCUGUUGAGAGCUCGCUUGAGGAAUUCGCGAGUCCAUCGUCAUCCUCGGGAGGAGGAGGGGCACCAAUCCAGCCGGUGGAAGGGAUCCCAGUGAUUGGCUUUGCUGCUGGGGCAACGAGCUACCAUCAAGGUCACCACCACUUCCAAAUGCCGCCAUAUCUUCCAUCUCCAUCGGCACCACCAGUUCUUCCUGAUCACAACGGUAACGGGAAUGGUAACGCUCGUGGUCAUGGUCAUGGUAAUGGUAAUGGUCUACUUCUGGGGCUUUUGGGUGGUGCCUUGGCUGCGCUUGUGCUGGGUGAUAUUUUUUUCCAGUGAAGAUCUGGCUACUUGGGUGACAUGU